AAUUUUCACUUUGACAAUCUCCAUCCAUACAUCACAAUGCCCCGUCUGAACGGCAAGGUCGCAAUCAUCACUGGCGCUGGCGGCGGCAUCGGCCGUGAGGCUGCCAUCCGCUUCGCCAACGAGGGCGCCAAGGUCGUCGCUGCUGACGUCAACGACGCUGCCGGCAACGAGACCGUCGAGAUGAUCAACAAGGUUCACCCCGGCGCUGCCGUCUACGUCCAUUCCGACGUUUCGAAGGCUGCCGACUGCGAGAACAUGGUCAAGGUUGCCGAGGAGAAGUUCUCCAAGCUCAACAUCAUCUUCAACAACGCUGGCAUCAUGCACCCCAAGGACGACGACGCCACCGGCACUGACGAGGCCAUCUGGGACCUCACCAUGAACAUCAACCUCAAGGGUGUGUGGCUUGGCAUCAAGUACGCCAUCCCCGCCAUGCGUCGCGCUGGCGGUGGCAGCAUCAUCAACACUGCCUCGUUCGUCGGUCUUCUCGGCGCUGCCACUCCCCAGGUUGCUUACACUGCUUCCAAGGGUGGCGUCCUCGCUCUCAGCCGCGAGAUUGCCGUGAUCCACGCUCGCGAGAACAUUCGCUGCAACUCGAUCUGCCCCGGCCCUCUCCGCACCCCUCUGCUCAUGGACUUCCUCAACACUGAGGAGAAGAAGGAGCGCCGCCUCGUCCACGUCCCCAUGGGUCGCUUUGGUGAGGCUGCUGAGAUUGCUCAGGCCGCCCUUUUCCUUGCCUCGGACGAGAGCAGCUACAUUACCGGCAGCUCCAUGACCGUCGAUGGUGGCAUCACCGCUGCCUACGUCACCCCGACUGGCCCCACCAAGUCCCUCCCCCCGACCAACUAAAAUUCUUAGAGUGCUUCGUCUGGUGUUGUUUUCGACUUGGCCUGUGCUCUCUCCAGUCGAUGCAACACCCAACCUUGUGAAAAUACAAAAUGACAAAAUUCCCCCCAAAAAAUCCUUGAC